AUGAACCUACGGGACCCAUGCUCAUUCAGUCCAUCACUGGGAGGUAAUAAAGAUGACAAGAAGCGAAUCGCGGGCGAGGAGGAGGCGGGACUUCUGGGUCUGAGAGAGGAGGAGGGCACUUCCAUUUUUGAGGAGAUUCUGUGCCCAGCGGUUGUGUUAUCUGUUGAUUCUAAACAAAGAUUGUCUGGUGUUUUCCAUUUCGCUGCGACUCAAGUGGGCCAGAGAGAAAGAACAGAGCCGAGGCGGAAUUCAGCCAGGCGUUUGUUGGGACGACAAAAUUGGGCAAGGACUGAGCUCCAGGGGAAAGCUUCCUCAGGUAGCUCUGAUCUGAGCUUGAUUGUGGGACGUGAAAAUUCCUGCUGGCUUUCCAGUGAAGACCGGUGGUUUGCUUCGGAAUGUGAGGAGUCUUCCACCAGCUUUGAACAAGGGGUGACAGAAAACAAACAAGUGGGCCAUGGUGGCCCAGGGAGGCCAGAAGAAAGACAUCCAAGUGCCUGCUGUGGGUCCCCACACCCUUACCCCUGCCCAGGGAUGAAGGCGCUAGUGAGGCACCAGCUUCACUUCACUGUGUUCAAUGAGAUCUAUGAACAGUAUUCCAUGGUGGAAAUGUACCAAAUUUUCACUAUCCAUUCAUCUGAUGAUGGAUACAUAGGCUGCUUCCAAGUUCUGGCUAUUAUGAAUAUAGCAGUAAUGGACAUGGACGAGCAAGUGUCUCUGUAG